GGAGAACAUACCUGCUAUACCACCAUUCACUUGUAUCCAACCAUAUACCACAUUUGGAAUCAUCAUGAACGCAUAUAAUCAGUCCCAGAACGUCUCUCCUGUUGUGAACGCGGACAAAAGCGUCGUUCAAGCAGGUAGCCAAAUGUACUACCCAGUCGCUAAGAGUCAAUUCGAUGACGCUGAACGCGCCGUGGUAUCCCCUGGCGAUGCUACGGUCGGAUAUGGCAGUACAAAAGUGCCUAUAUACCCCAUCCCCGUUGUAUCACUAUUCCUCGACCAUCAACAAGAGCUGUCCGACGAUGAGUAUCCCAGCCCGCCACCCGCCUACCCUGAAAUACUAGAAGUGGGGUAUAUGGAGGGAAAGGGCUCUCUAGAGACCAUCUCCGACGAAAAGCAAGUGGUCGACAUCCGAAAGCUAUCACAUCAACCUCCCGUCGGUACAAACCGACUCUCAUUAUCCAACGUGCAGAGCAGCUUGCCGGAAAGUAUCGACUCAUUGUCGAUAACCGACAAGAAUAGUAUCUCCGCCCAUGUUGGCAACACCACAACCCAGCCAGCAUUCGGUACGGGUCAACGAGAAUACCCACCCAAGGUCAACUCCCAUAUUGCUCCCCUUAUCGAUUCAACCACUUCCACCGUUGCUGGACCACAGGCGAGCCAACUGACACCAGCGAUAGAGCCUCCUCGGAACCAUGGGGUGCAAGUGCCUACAGCUGCGGACCAGCAACGGGACUUGGGAUGGCGGGUAGCUGAAAGAAACUCGAAUGAAGAACGUCAAAGGAGCAUUGACAACACAACGGACAUCCGAACGGACAUCCCUCUUGGUCUGUCGCGCCAUACGCCCAUCGUCGUCUUAGAUUCCCCGCCACCUACCCCGACCACACCAUCGAGGAGGCGCUGGAUUCCACUCCCUUCAGUGUCUCCCUCGUUUGAUAUCCCCACCGUACUCACUCCCCAGGACACUGUCAACGGUCCUGUCGAAGGACUUGGACUGACGCUGUUUUAAAUAUCGUGAGGGAGCAGUGGCGCAAUCGAGGAGCGGAGGGACAUCUUUUUAUACCUAACCUGAUGGCAAAGACCAUCAGCGAUUAUUUCAUUUAACUUU